UCAUUGUUUGCAAGUUGUUCUUCAGACAGUUAUGUACGUAUAUGGGAUUGUGUGAAAAUGGAAGGCAAGAACAUUGCUAAUCGGUCUAAACAAGUAUAUAAUCAUCAAAACGGAGCGUUAUAUGGUAUGACAACAUGUAGAAACAAUCAGUCAUUAGCUACUGUUAGCCAUUCUGGUUCAGUAGUUGUACUGAAUUUAGAGUCAAAUAGUAAUAAGUUGGGUGUGAUGCAGAUAAAACAAUUAGAUUUGCAAGAAGACGGUUGUGCUGUUGAUAUAUCUUAUUUAGAUUCUGGAUCUCAAAUGGUACUUGUAUAUGCGACAGUGUAUGGCUCUCUUAUCGGAUGGGAUCUCCGUGCUCCAAAAUUAGCUUGGAAAGUUAAUAAUGAUAUAAAACAAGGCAUCAUAACUGCUAUGUGCUUGGAUACAAGACAAAGUUGCCUAACAUUAGGUACAAGUAGUGGUUAUCAUACAUGUUGGGAUUUGCGUUUUAGGUUACCAAUUGCUACCAUUGCUCAUUCCAAAGCUGUACGAGUGAGGAGGUUAAUAAAACAUCCAUCUGAACCAUCGUGGAUUAUCUCAGCCAUGCAAGAUAACAAUGAAGUUACAGUGUGGAAUUUGGAAAGUGGUUCAAAACAACAAACUCUUUGGGCUAGUAGUGCUCCGCCGCUGUCAAACAGUCAAACUAAUAACCACAGCGUGUGCGCAUUGUAUACAAUGAAUACAGAUCAUGGUCCAGAAUUGUUGACUGGUGGCACAGACCAGAGAGUACGGAAAUGGAACUUGAGAUCUCCGAGUGAUUCCUAUAUAGCUAUACCAGCUGCCAGUGAUGUUAUGGGUCAUUCAUUGUAUUGUUAUGAGUGUAGAUUAGUCGAUGGUACAAAUGUUGUGCAAGAGGUUUGCACAAAAUCUAGCAGUACAGCAAUGACAGGUGACGAGGAGCCACCAUGUGCCACUGACCAACCGGCACCAGGGCAUGUAGGGUCGAUACUGGAUAUCACAUCAUGUAUGGCGUCUCAAUGUUUUCUAGUCACUGCAUCUUGUGAUGGAAUAAUCAAAGUGUGGAAAUGAAACAGCAUUUUAAUUUUAAUACAUUUCAGUUAUUACUGAUUAUUGUUUUUUAUCGUUCCAAAUAUUAUGAUAUAAAUAUAAUGUGAUAGUGUAUGUAACUGUAUUAUUGGAGUUACACACGUUAAAAUGUUUGUAUAAUAAAGUUAUAUAUUUUU